AUGAAUCUCUCUCUCGUGGAUCCAUUUGUCCUGGCCCAGGAAUACCCAGAUACUUUGACUGAGAAGCUGAGCAGUGGACAUGCGACAUGUUUAAGCUUCAAUCACAAAGGCGACUACCUUGCCUCCGGACGAGUGGAUGGCACCGUGGUGAUCUUCGAUAUUGAAACCAAUGGCGUGGCGCGCAAACUGCAAGGCCACACGCGACAAAUCCAGUCUCUGAGCUGGUCUCGCGAUGGCCGCUACCUUCUCACCUCCUCCCAAGACUGGAAAUGCAUCUUAUGGGAUCUCAAAGACGGCUCACGAGUCCGCACAGUGCGAUUCGAGGCGCCAGUCUACAUCGCUGAACUACACCCUUUCAACCACCUCCUCUUCGUCGCCUCCCUGUUCGAGGAUCAACCAGUGCUAGUCGACAUCUCCAGCCCAAGACCAAUAAAACGAAUACUCCCCUCCGCCCCCCUCAGACCCCAACAACCCAACGGCGAAGAUGUCGACCCAGCCGUAGCCGCCAAACAAGCAGCACAAGAUGCCAAGCACUCGACCUGCGUUACAAUUUUCACAGCCUUCGGCAAUCACAUCAUCGCCGGCACCUCGAAAGGCUGGAUCAACAUAAUCGAAACGCAAACCUGCACAACAAUCCACUCAAUGCGCCUCUGCAACGGCGUAGUCAUCCUCCUCCGACUCGCAAGCAACGGCCGCGACCUCCUAGUCAACAGCUCCGACCGCGUAAUCCGCACCGUACUAAUGCCCGAUCUAUCCCAACUGGGCAUCGGCCUGGAACCAUCCUCGAUAAAACUCCAAGUGGAGCACAAAUUCCAAGACGUCGUCAACAGACUCAGCUGGAACCAUGUGACGUUCUCAUCAACAGGCGAAUUCGUCACCGCGACAACAUUCAUGAACCCGGAUAUCUACGUGUGGGAACGCAGCCACGGGUCUCUCGUUAAGAUCCUGGAGGGACCUCGGGAGGAACUUGGCGUUGUGGAAUGGCACCCGAGCCGACCGAUGGUUGUAGCGUGCGGACUGGAGACCGGGUGCAUUUACACGUGGUCUAUUGUGUCGCCGCAGAAAUGGUCAGCGCUGGCGCCUGAUUUCGGCGAGGUUGAAGAAAACGUGGAGUAUAUGGAAGCAGAGGAUGAGUUCGACGUCCACCCAGCCGAACAGGUGCAUCAGCGACGACUGGACCAGGAAGACGAGGAGCCCGAUGCUGUAACGCUUGAGUCGGUGAAGGGCGAUGGCGACGCAGAUGGUGUUGAACCGUUCUGUCUGCCGGUCCUGCUGAAUGUCGAAGAUAGCGAUUCUAGUGAGGACGUUGUUGCUGUUGGGCCUGGAACUAUGCGACGCCGGACGCCUGGGGCUGGAAGAGAAGGCGUCAAUGGGGAUGCGGAGAAGCCUGCAGCUAAUGGAGCUUCCAGGGGUGCUGCCAGGAACCGGCGACGGUAA